AUGACGGACGAGGAAGAUAUGCUUGAUAUUAUUGAACAUGAUCAUAAUUAUUCUGCUAUUGACACCACACAAGAAGAAACGGCCAGAGAGUCCGCAAGGCGUUUUGUUCGAGAAAUCAAAUAUUCAAUUCAUUUACCAUCCUAUGAUGAAUUUAUGUCGGAAUUACCGACCAUUCAAUUGAACUGGCCGAUCAAAUUUAUAACGUAUUUCACGAAUAAUAUAUUACCAACGAUUCAGCAAAUUGGUAUGUGGCGGGUUGACGAAUUGAACUUAAAUAAUUAUUUCAAACGAUCAAUUACUUCGAACAUAACUGAAGGCAUGAAUCGGUUAUAUAAAGAUGUUGUUAACUGGAAGUUAUUAUCCAUCGACCGAUUGUUACUUAUGCUUAAUAAAUUACAAGGGUUUUUCGUUAAUGAAACUAUACGAGGCUAUUGUUCAUUAGGUAAGUGGCCUUGGCUUCGGUUGUGCAAAUACUUUACGAUGAUGUUUUUUUGCAGGGGAUUUCAAUUGAAAUUAAACACAGGAUAUGCUGCAUUACAGCCAACGAAUAGACAACAGGUAUUCGAUAGUUUACGACCGUACGAUCCACAACAAAUUGUUGAUGAAAUAAAAUGUGUACAAGCUGAAAUUGAUUCAUCAGAUGCCGCUAAUACAACGCGAACACAACGAAGUAAACCACUAUCAGCACUUGAAAUGUCAAAAUUAUUUUAUUCUUCAAAACAAAUUUCUUUUUCAACGGACAUUGGUGCCUGGUCAGUCCAACAUGAAAACAAUUCAUUCGACUCCGUCGAUAUUCGUGAUUUUCCUAAUUUUCGAUGCUCCUGUGAAUGGUUCAAAAGGCUAUCGAAAAAGGAAGAUUGUAUUCAUAUACUUGCUGUUCGCAGAAUUACAAAGCAACGAGCUCAGCUGCCGAAACCGAAUAUGACAAAAUUAAGAAAGGCAAAUCGUGCAGAACAAGGUGUUACAAAAAAUGGUAAAAAACAACCAAUAAAAUUGGAUAAAGAGGCAAUUGCUAGAGAAAAUAAAACGUCUCUCUUUUUUUUCUCUUUGAAUGUUUGUACGUGUUCUAUAUUUCAGCGAAAACAAGCUGCUGUAACUGAUAUUGAUUCAAUGGAAAGCGACUUACAAAAUUUCAACAAUCAACAUCAACGUAAAGUAAGUGAAUCGUUGAGAGUUCUACGUGAAAUUAUUUUCGGUUUCUCGUCUAGCGCAUUGCUCUAACGAGGGAACUGCCCCAAGUGUCCGCUCGCUUUUUCCUUGAAACUUAGUGGAGAAUAGGUUAUCGACUAUGCUGAUUGACGUAAAUAGAAAUGUGAUAAUCUGCAUUUUUAUGGCUAUAACACUGAUGUUAUCGGUGGCAGUGGCUGUAACAAUUGCAUUGACGUAUCGUGACCUUAAACUGGAGGGGAUACAACCAAAUUGUACAUGUAUGAAUAUCAACAAAGAAAUGUCUAUCAAUCGUCUAACUGAAAAAUGUCACAGUGUAUUCGAUAAUAGAUAUCAAUGGUUUUUGCACUUACCAUUGGCGAACAUUGAUUGUUAUUCCAACUCAUGGUCGUAUUUUAUCAGCAAAAUUUUAUGCUGGAUAAUGGCGGGUAUUGAUUCUAUAUUGCCUUAUUUCAUCUGGGGUCCAC